AUGUUUAUGGGUAUUCUAACUUUUAGCUUGUUUCAUAGUUUUUCUAUUAAUAAGGGCUACAUGCAGAAGUUAUUAGCGUUAGAAAAGCAGCCUAUAUUUCAUCAUGUUGUGGUUCGUUGUUUUUGUACUUUGCUUGAUGCUGUUCCUCACUUCAACUUCAGAGAAAGCUUGUUAGUAGCUGUUGUCAGAAACUUAGGCUCCUCAGAUGAUGUUGUAAGGAGACUUUGCUGUUCAACUAUGAAGUCACUUGUUACCAAUGAGGGGAAACAUGGCGGUGAAGCUACUGUUGAGGCCGUUCGGUUGAUUGCAGAUCAUGUCAAAGCCCAUGAUUGUCAACUGCAUCCUGAUUCUGUUGAGGUUUUAAUGUCUUUGUCAUUUGAUGAUGAUCUUGGGAACCCAGAAGUUCAACAUGAUAAUAGCAAAAUAAAGAACAAGAAAAAUAAAAAGAGAGUGAAUUCUGAAGAUUCGAAUCAACUGAAAGGAAAUGACAGAAAGAAAAGUAAGAAAGAAACUAUGGCAAAGAUGGAGGAAGAGGUUGCUGCAGAUUAUAAAUCUGUUUCUUAUACACCAAAUGUGGUGGAACGGAAGAUGAUGCAAUCUGAGACACUAUCUGCUGUAUUUGAGACAUAUUUCCGCAUCUUUAGGUAUACCAUGCAAUCAUCUGUAGCCAGUUCUGAAGCGUAUUCCGCAACAUGUUCUAAUGGGUCUGGGGCCCAUCCUCUGCUAGCUCCUUGUUUGAGUGGUUUAGGAAAGUUUUCUCAUCUCAUCGACCUGGAUUACAUUGGGGAUUUGAAAAGGCUUGCUGCUAGAGGUAACAUUUCAGAUAGUUCUUCCCAGAAAGUGCAAAAUUUGACCGUCUCUGAGUGCCUCCGCUGCUGCAUUGUUGCCUUUAAAGUUAUGAGGAGCAAUCUUGAUGCUUUGAAUGUUGAUUUACAAGACUUUUUUGUCCAGCUUUACAAUCUUGUACUUGAGUACAGACCUUCCAGAGAUCAAGGUGAAGUUUUAGCUGAGGCUCUUAAGGUAAUGCUAUGUGAUGAUAGACAACGUGACAUGCAAAAGGUAGCUUCAUUUAUAAAACGCUUAGCCACAUUUUCUUUGUGCUUCGGAUCAAGGUGA